AUGUCAGAGAAGGGUUCUACUUCCGAUGUGAAGAAUGCCAUGGAGGGAGACAGCAAAAGAACAAGAGAUCAGGAUCAUGACUCAAAGAUAUCUGAUGAACACCGAGACACAGAUGACUCAUCUGAGAAAACAUCCAGCAGGAUGUCCAGAUCCCCACAGAAAUCUUCCAAAAAACCAAAGACCGUGCCUGUGAAAGUCACGCUGUUGGAUGGAUCAGAAUAUGAAACUGGAGUGGAGAAAUCCUGUAAAGGUCAAGUGUUGCUGGAUAUGGUGUGUGAGCAUCUGAACCUGCUGGAGAAGGACUACUUUGGCCUGACCUUCUGUGAUACUGACAGUCAAAAGAACUGGCUGGAUCCAUCAAAAGAGAUCAAAAAACAAAUUCGUGUAGGCUCCUGGCAGUUUUCAUUCGCUGUCAAGUUCUAUCCUCCUGACCCCUCACAGCUGAUAGAAGACAUCACUCGGUAUUACCUGUGUCUUCAGUUAAGAGAGGACAUGCUGUCGGGGCGCUUGCCAUGUUCAUUUGUCACACACGCUUUGCUAGGCUCAUACGCCGUGCAGGCUGAACUAGGAGAUUUUGACCCAGAUGAGCACGGACUUGACUACAUCAGUGACUUCCGCUUCGCUCCCAACCAGACACGUGAGCUGGAAGAGAGGGUUGUGGAACUCCACCGCACCUAUAGGGGCAUGAGUCCUGCGGAAGCUGAGAUGAACUUUCUGGAGAAUGCUAAAAAGCUCUCAAUGUACGGAGUUGAUCUUCAUCAUGCUAAGGACUCGGAGGGCAUUGACAUAAUGUUAGGUGUGUGUUCAAGUGGCCUGUUAAUCUAUAGAGACCGUUUGCGGAUUAACCGUUUUGCCUGGCCCAAGAUUCUCAAAAUAUCCUAUAAGAGAAGCAACUUUUACAUCAAAAUCCGCCCUGGAGAGUAUGAACAGUUUGAGAGCACCAUUGGCUUUAAGCUGCCCAACCAUCGAGCUUCCAAACGCUUGUGGAAGGUCUGCAUUGAACACCACACCUUUUUCAGGUUGGUCUCUCCUGAACCCCCACCCAAAGGUUUUUUGGUGAUUGGCUCAAAGUUCCGCUACAGUGGGCGUACCCAGGCCCAGACUCGGCAGGCGAGUGCAUUAAUUGACAGGCCGGCCCCUCAGUUUGAGCGAUCGGCUAGCCGGAGGUACUUACUCUCACGCAGUCUAGAAGGAGCAUCUGCUCUGGGCGAUACAAUGGACAGACUCUCCCAACACACCUCUAGUGACCCUGCACAUAGCUUCUCCAGAGACGAUCUGGACCGGGACUACAUGGAGCCUAGUCAGGAGCAGGAUCUGGACCAGCAGCAGAAGCAAACUGUAGAUAAGAGACCAGAGACAGUUGCUACUCCAUCAAAGGCCAUGGGGGAGGAGCCAGGCUCUCCUCUAGACUCUAAGGCUGAGCAGUUCCUGGAUAAACCUGAAGAUGUACUGCAAAAACAUCAGGCAAGUAUCAACGAACUGAAGAGAGCUCUGAGGGAGCCCAACAGCAAGCUAGUCCACAGAGAGAAACGUCUGUCUGUGACCUCUUCUGGCAGUACUCCAGAGAAAAAAACUGCCUCUGAGGAGCCCAUAUUUAUUGAGGAGCAAGACGGUUGUCAAACAGACCUGACCCUCAGUUCAAAAGAGGAAAAGAACAAGAACGCUGCUAGAAUAGAGACACCACUCACUCAGCAUGAAAGAGAUCAAGUGAAUAGUGUGAAAAUCUGUAUGGCUCCUGGUGGCCCAAUGGGAAGCCAUACCAGCAAAUCAAAUAAGAACUCCAUCCCAUCCCCAGAGAAGCCUCAAAGAACCAAGAUGUAUACAUUAAAGAAUGAAUAUAUCAGCGAAACACAUUCUGCUUCCAAGAACAUAAAUGACAAUGGACUUCCACAUGAGAAAUGUUUGAAGAACAAUAUUCAUGCAAAUGGCUAUGAUGAAUAUCCGACAGAGACUCAUUGGAUUGAAAGGAGAUAUGUUGGAACAACUCAUGUAAAAGAUAGUGUAAACCUAGAUUUUUCAAACUUUGAGGGGAGAAAGCAGGGUGAAGUUUCUCCCAAUGCAGUUAUAGACAAACAUAUGAGAGAUCAGUAUAAUGGAAGCAGAUGGGAGAGACGAUCUGUGGAAAGUACAGACAACAAGAUUAAAACCAUUAGUAAAACCAAAACAACGGAAUAUAAGGUAGUUCUAAUGAGUGAUUCAGUUAAAAGUAAUGCUUCUGUACCAGAACAAAAACGAGCUGUUCCCUUGAAACCUGAGAGGUCCAAAAAACUAAAAGGAAAACAUGGAGUCAAAGAUCAAAGUGAAAGAGACACAAUUUACUCUAAUUUAUUUGAUGACACAAAAGGAACAAAGUCAGAGGAAUCAUCUGGAAUUGAAAAAAUACCAGCUUUUUUCACACAGACAAGUAUGCCUUCAGUCAUGGAUAGCACCUCGGCAGUUCCUAAAAGAGACUACACAGCUAAUGGCUAUGUUAGGGAAACCAGAAAAUGCAACCAUCCUCCACAAACAUACAGGAAACAAUUUCAAGAUUCAGAAGACAAUACUGAUCAGAGACUUAGUGCAGAUGAUGACCAGGUGUGCUUUGAAGACACUUCCCCACUCUCUGAUUUCCCAUCAAACUUAAUAUUUUCUGGCUUUGAGCAAAUGACUCCUUUGAAUUCUCAUGUAAAGUCCCAGAAGUCAAGAGAGAUGCGACACAAACAGUCUUCUCCUACUGACUCCAGCUACAGCCUUCUCAAGAGCUCCAGCUUAGAAUCAGCUAAAAAGAAACCAUCGAGAGAGCCAUGGGAACGGCGUCUGGGAUCAGUGUCUGAGGAUGACCCUGACCCCGAGUAUCUAUAUCUCAAGGAAACCCACCUGGGCAUUGAACGCAAAUGCUCCAGCAUCACCGUUAGCUCCACUUCCAGUUUAGAGGCCGAGGUGGACUUCACUGUCCUCAUGGACCUUCAAACAGGGAUGGAGGAGUUCUCCAGAGGAAUGACGGAGUUAGGAGAGAAGGACAUCUCACAUGAACUUUGUGUUUCAGACCGGCCAGCACAUCCAGCUUUCAUGCUAGGGUCCGAGCCCAUCAUCAUUCCACAGGAAAAACCUGCAGAACUAUUGAGGUCGAUGGAAGAACUGAAGCCCAUUGUAGAACAGAAGCCUGUGGAGCAGCGUAAGCCUGAGCCUUUUGUGCCAAAAAAAGCUCCACGGUCAGUGAAGGCUGCUCAGGCUUUAAAAAAGGAAUCUGCAGAGCUCCUUCAUAUCCAGUCAGUAAGGCAAGAUGGUUCAGACACAGCAUCUCUACAGCUUCACAGCAGAGAGAGCAGUGACAUCAUUGCUUCUCAAGCUCUAAGAAAAACAGAAGUCAAGAUUGAGACGCAGCCGAAUGGGUCAGAGGUUACUACGACCAUUAUGGAGAUAGCAGACCAGGAUCAUGGUAUGAGUGGUUUGUGUGAAGCCCCAUUCUCAGUGGCAGAGAGGAUCUCUCCUGUGAGCUUCGGAUCUUUGGCCAGAGAGGGUUCUGGGUCUCCUCUACUUGUAACAGAGAAUGUGACAUCAGCCACAACACAUGUUACCAAAACAGUAAAAGGAGGAUACUCAGAGACAAGGAUUGAGAAGAGGAUUAUCAUUACUGGAGAUGAUGAUGUUGACCAAGAUCAAGCACUCGCCAUGGCAAUAAAAGAAGCCAAGCAGCAGCAUCCUGACAUGUUGGUAACCAAGGCCAUAGUUGUCAGGGAAACAGAAUCUUCCACUCAAGAUACACAUGAGCAAUUCAAGUCCUGAUCUCUAAGGCUGUCAGGACUGUUCACAGGAGAAGUACUGUAUUUUAAACCACCUACAGAUGGUGGAUCAUGGACACCCACUAUCCAGCACCCAUCAAUCUUAACCCACAGGAACCAGUGCCUCCCUGGUGGCAUACAGAUACUGUAUACAUCUUCCCUGUCACAAUUCAAACCUCACAUCUGUCUGUUUUUACAUUAAAUGUGGUCAUGCUAAAUGGGAAACAUUUCUCUGUCUGGUUGUCAAAUAAAACAGGCACUAAAGGUGGCAUUGUGCAUCCCAUGCUGGACCACUGAAUAAUUUGAAACUGACUAUUUCUCUUGGUGUAUGGAGAUCUAUUGGAUAGGCAUCAGAGAAAGCAACAUAUGAGCUUAUUUUGCAAUCAUCAGACUACAGGAAUAGGAACUUGUAUCAGAACACAUAUUACUGUUACUUGAUCAACUAAAGCUAAAAUGCUGUUAAAUUUUAAUUCUCAGACCCUUUAUGUGUAUGUGACAAUGGUCAUAUGAAAGAAACAAGUCAAAAAAUCUAAAAGAUGGGCACCAUCAGGCCAAUUACAGUGAAUCAGUGCACACAUCAUAUAGGCACAUAUGGUGUUGACAGGGCAUGGACAGAUUGCUGGACACAUGGACAACAAAUUGUGCCAAUUAUUGAAGGAAGACGCUUCUGAGAAGCAGUGGCUUUCUGAGAAAACGAAAAAACAAGAAACAGCUUUGAAACAGGCUGACACAAAUACUCAGCAUAAAGUGAAUAAAACCCAUUGUCAUUGUGAAGAUAAGUUCUCCAUAAAAAUCUCUAUAGGGCCUUGUUCCUGGAAAGUGUGAUGUUUAUGUAUAUUUGGCCCUGGAAACCCUUUCAUUAAUCCUGUAUGAUUCAUAUUCAGUUUACAAAAUGAAAUUAUCCUUUAAAUGAGGUGCUAAUUCCUAAAGUGAAAACCAAUUCCCUGUAUAUAUAAAAACAACAUCAACAAAAAAAACACAUUUCAUAUUAUUGUAGUAAGAAAAUCCCUCCACUGUUCUCCAAGCAGGUGUUAAACAAUCUGGAAAUUAUGUAAUAUGAACAUGUUUAUACGAAUGGUUUUGCGCAAGAAUUGAAGACCCAAUGAUAAUAUUUUAUUUUAUAUAGGUAUUUUAAACAAAGAAAAAAUGUCAUGCCCAAGAUAUAUUGACCCUGAUGCUAGCAAAGCAGAAUAAAGUGUGUUGAAUAACUGUGCCAUAUGCAUGACAAACUGCCCAAUUAUUAGUUCCACUAGUUUAUAGAAAGAAAAAAAAAAAAGAAAGAAGACACAAAUACUGUUAUUUGGCUUUUCAAAUACCUCCACUCUCAUUUUUCUUUUUUUUUUUCUACUAUGCGAAUACACCAUGUCCCAUAAACAGAUGUCUUUACAGUUUCACAGUGUUUCAAUAUAAUGAUUGCUUACUCUGUGUUAGAUGUCAUGAGCAUUUUAUUUCUAUUUUCAGUGGACUGUGCAGUGAUUCUUCUUAAAUUCUUCCCUCUGUAACAAUCGUGCUGGAACAGAAUGAAUGGCUGAAUGCAGAUUUGCCUGUUGUAGUGUUUUAUAGGUGAAUGGGCCUUAAAUGGUACAUGCAUUACUGUGCUGUAAAAUGAUACUUGGGAAUACUGUGUAAGGAUGAAGAAUCUGCUCUGAUUUUCAUUAGAAAGCUGAAAGUGACUUGUAGAGGAUUGUGUUAUGGACCUUAAACAAAGAAUUGUACCAUGUGAAUGUUUCAUAUAGGCACAUCUUUCUCAACUUGAAAAUGUCAUGGGUAGAAUUAGAGCAUUAAGACAUUUAAGCAGUACAUUUACAGACUUAAGUGGAGUGGUUUUCCAGACAAGGUUGAAAAUAACACAAUGCCAUAAUCCUACAAGAAUAAAAUAUGGAUUCCCUGUUAUUUAACAAUCCUUGAUUGGAUUAAGAUGUUUUCUUUCAUUAAAUUAACAGCUAGAAAACAGUAAUUACAACUUAUGAUUUAUGUAUUAUCUGGCCACAUAGAUUGUAUCCAACAUUCAUUAUUAAUAUAGUGAACAUUAAUAGAGAUAUGGCUAAUCUGAAAAUAAACCUGUCAUCGUUGAAAUUUAAUUUUCACUUUUGUGCAUUGUCUUCAAUUUUAGUUUUAAAAUAGCAUACAGGUGUUGUAGCCUACCAUGAACUGUAGUUAAUAGAUAAAAGCAUUCAGCAAUCUGGAAUUAUCAUGCCAUUUAGCCAAAAAGUCAUGGCUGGAAAACCACCCCUGAUUUUUUUUUUUAUAUACAAGUACAAAAGUGCCAUGGAAAGCUGCUAACUUCAUUCCAAGCCAUUCAUCAGCUACUUAACCCAGACCUUCAUCUCAAACCAAGACCUCUAACAUAAGCCUAUGAAUGAUUUAGCAGUGUGCUAAUGCUAUCUGAAAUAUACCGCUUGUUAGUUUACAGUAGUUUUCUCUCAUUUCCUGUACUGGGGAAGGGUUAAAGAGAACAAAGCAAGCUGAUUUGGUAAGGAGUUGGUGACAUCUAUUGAGUAGAUGUUGCUUCCAUUGCAGUUCAGGGUUCAUAACUUCACUCUACCUUUUCUAAUAAUUAUUAAUCAUGUGUCAUGGAGGUCAUGUGCUAAAGGACAGAGAACCUCACUGAUGAAUACAGCUCUGCAUAUGAUCUGCUCUUUUGCAUUUACACUUCUUUCACUUGUAUUCUGUAAUUCCUACUGCUUGGUUUCCUGUGUUUGCUGUACAGUGAUCUACAUUAAAUAAAUUGG